AUACUAAUAAUCCUUUUUUAUUUUCUACAAAGUUUACUUUAAUUAUUCUAUUAUUAUAUCCUAUCUCCCUUAAACCUCACUCAUUUCUCCCUUCAUUUUAUUUUAAAUCCAUUUUAUUAAUUUUAUUAUUUAUAUUGGAUUUUGUCCUAGCUUUUCCCACUUUGUUUUAUUGUUUGGCAUGGUAUAAAUAUGUAAUGUCCUUCACAAGUAGACAUGUAUCCAAAUUUCAUGUGUUUUUGCCAUCAAGUUCAAUUUCAAUUCUAAAAGGAAGCCGCAAGCUGGAUUGAGAAGGAAACUUUUCAUAUUUUUUUUUUCAAAAUAGUUGAAAAACAGAGAAAUCAAAAAUGGAAAAAGGUCAAAAUUUAAGUUGGAAGAAGAACAAGCUAAAUGGUUUAGGAGAAGUAGAAGGUUUUGGAGAAGAAGAGCUUAAACAAACUAAAUCACUACCACCAUUAGUGGUUCAACCGCAAACACCGAGCGAGCCGAUGGAAUUCUUGUCAAGAUCAUGGAGUGUAUCAGCUGAAGAAAUCUCGAAAGCUCUUGCUAAUAAACACAAACAUUUUCUACUUGACAAACAUCUCAUUGAUAGUCCCUCUUUUAUUUCUGAAGCAUCACUCUCUUCACCUCCUCAUCCUGUUGAUAAAUUGAAGAACAGUGGUUCGAACCGGAGAAUGGGGGGAAUAGGGAAGUGGUUCCACCACAACAAGGAAUCAAAAUCAAAUCUAAACUCGUUUAGGAGAAAGGACAGGGCAAGAGCAGAGAAUGCACAUAUGCAUGCUGCUCUUUCAAUUGCAGGUCUUGCAGCAGCACUUGCUGGUGUUGCCGCAGUUUCUGCACCUGAUAAUUCCUCAAAAAUGAGCAGAGCCGUUGCAUCAGCCACCGAACUCUUAGCGUCUCACUGCAUCGAGAUUGCUGAGCAAGCGGGCGCUGAUCAUGAUCGUGUUGCGUUAGCUGUCAGAUCAGCUGUUGAUAUUAAGAGCCCUGGUGAUCUGAUGACUCUGACUGCAGCCGCUGCAACUGCUUUGAGAGCAGAAGCAGCAUUAAGGGCAAGGCUACCAAAAGACGCAAAGCGGAAUGCUGCUAUCAGUCCCUAUGAUAAAGCUUUAGGGGAUGCUAAUAGCCUUGAUUCUUACCACAGUGAAGCCGAAGAGCCGAAAUUCCCCUGCGUUGGUGAACUAAUGCAGCACGCGAAGAAAGGUAAUCUCAGAUGGAAGCAAGUCACAGUCUACAUCAAUAAAAACUCUCAGGUCAUACUAAAACUAAAAAGCAAACAUGUAGGAGGUGCUUUCUCAAAGAAGGACAAAUGUCUAGUCUAUGAAGUCUGUGAUCAAAUCACAACAUGGCCAUUCAGAAAAGAAAGGGAAAAUCUAGAGUCUUAUUUCGGACUGAAGACGGCACAAGGGUUUUUGGAGUUCAAGUGCAAGAACAAAGUUCAGAAGCAGCAAUGGGUGGAUGGGAUUCAAAAUAUGCUGGAUAAAGUAGGUUGUAUUGAAGACAUUGAAAUCACAUUGCAACGACUUAACUUGGCCGCCUCAAAUAAGAAUUCUUAGUCCUUAAUGUACACUUGUUAGUUGUUUUUCUUAUAUGUGCAUAAAGAUGGAGGAUUUUGGUAAUAUGAUGGUAACUAAUGUUACAUAUUACUAAUAGAGAAAGGGGGAAGGUCGGGUUCGGGAUCGGGGUCGGGGUGGCAUACUGUACUGAAAUAAACGGAGAUGAAGUACUUACUGCAGUUCCAACAGCCACAGACAUUGUUCAAAGGAACUAUGUCAUUCCUAUGUAAAUCAAGUUGUAUCUACUUUUUCUCAGAUUUUGUUUCGCUGUCCUUCUUUUAAGGCAAAUUUGUUAAAAUUUACCUUUAAAAUAAAUGUUGUACUAGUAUCUUACAACAUAAAGUUUUUAUAAGUUGGUAAAUUACAACAUUUUUUUAUAA